UUUAUUGUUUUUCAAAGAUAUGCACUUAUUACAAAUUGUAACCAUAAAACUUUAGGUUUAUACUAUUUAUGGUUUUCAUUUAUAUUUGGUAGUUAUGGAUUUUUAUUAUCUGUUAUUUUACGUACUGAAUUAUACUCUUCAUCAUUAAGAAUAAUUGCUCAAGAAAAUGUUAAUUUAUAUAAUAUGAUAUUUACAAUUCAUGGCAUUAUUAUGAUAUUCUUUAAUAUAAUGCCUGGAUUAUUUGGUGGUUUUGGUAAUUAUUUCUUACCAAUUCUAUGUGGAUCUCCAGAAUUAGCAUACCCAAGAAUAAAUAGUAUAUCUUUAUUAUUACAACCUAUUGCUUUUGGGUUUGUAAUUUUAUCCACAGCAGCUGAAUUUGGUGGUGGUACUGGAUGGACUUUAUAUCCACCAUUAAGUACUUCAUUAAUGUCUUUAUCUCCUGUUGCAGUAGAUGUUAUAAUAAUUGGACUUUUAAUUUCAGGUGUAGCAAGUAUAAUGUCUUCAUUAAAUUUUAUUACUACAGUAAUGCAUCUACGUGCUAAAGGAUUAACUCUUGGUAUAUUAAGUGUAUCUACAUGGUCAUUAGUGAUAACAUCUGUUAUGUUAUUAUUAACAUUACCUGUAUUAACUGGUGGAGUUUUAAUGUUAUUAUCUGAUUUACAUUUUAAUACUUUAUUUUAUGAUCCUACAUUUGCAGGUGAUCCUGUACUAUAUCAACAUUUAUUCUGGUUUUUUGGUCAUCCAGAAGUAUAUAUUCUAAUAUUACCAGGUUUUGGUGUAAUUAGUCAUGUAAUAUCUACUAACUAUUCCUGAAGCUUACUUGGUAAUCAAUCUAUGAUUUUAGCUAUGAGCUGUAUUGCAAUAUUAGGAAGUUUAGUAUGGGCUCAUCAUAUGUAUACAACAGGUUUAGAAGUAGAUACAAGAGCAUAUUUUACUUCUACAACUAUUUUAAUAUCUAUUCCAACUGGUACAAAAGUAUUUAAUUGGAUAUGUACAUAUAUGGGUAGUAAUUUUGGAAUAACACAUAGUUCAUCUCUUCUAGCAUUAUUAUUUAUAUGUACAUUUACUUUUGGUGGUACUACUGGAGUAAUAUUAGGUAAUGCUGCUAUUGACAUAGCUUUACAUGAUACAUAUUAUGUAAUUGCUCAUUUCCACUUUGUUCUAUCAAUUGGAGCAAUUAUUGCAUUAUUUACAACAGUAAGUGCAUUCCAAGAAAAUUUCUUUGGUAAACAUUUACGUGAAAACUCAAUUAUUAUAUUAUGGUCAAUGUUAUUCUUCGUAGGUGUAGUUUUAACAUUUUUACCUAUGCAUUUCCUUGGAUUUAAUGUAAUGCCUAGACGUAUUCCUGAUUAUCCAGACGCUUUAAAUGGUUGGAAUAUGAUUUGCUCUAUCGGAUCAACUAUGACUUUAUUUGGUUUAUUAAUUUUUAAAUAA